GUUUGAAUGAUAUUGGGCUUGAAUUUGAUUUGUGUUUGAACUUAUUUCAGUGUGAAAUUAUUGGGCUGAUUAACUUUUCAUUAUAACUAUAUGCUUGUGUUUCAUGGACCUUUUCCCAGAAAUAUACGUUUACUAUUUGAACAAAAGGAUUUGUAAUUUAUGCACACAAUAACAAAAUGGCAACAGGUUCAUUCUCUUCGCUUCCAAAACGUUUGCGUAUGGUUGAAAACUUUUGUUGCACAUCUUGUUUAGAGCAGAAUCUUGAGGAAUCUGCAGACAUUUAUUGUGAGACAUGUUUGAGGUUUUAUUGUAAAAAGUGUGUAAUCCAUCAUGGUCAGUUGUUUACAAAACAUAAAACAUGUGGAAGGGGAGAUAUUCAGAAAUGGCCAGUUUUAAAGGCGGAGGAGGAUUUUCUCAGGAUGUGUGAAUUUCAUGAGGAUAAAACACUGGCACAGUUUUGUCAUGACCACAGUCAGCUGUGCUGCUCUGAUUGUGUUUUAACAAUUCACAGCCAGUGCAGUAAAGUUACUCCGAUUUUGGAACUGACCAACACGCAGCAUACAGACCUGCAGGGACUGUCAGUGGAGCUGGAAACUGUCUUGGGAGAAGUAAAAAGCCUACAUAUCAGUCAGGAGCUCAGUGUUCAGUCAUUGCAGGGAACAUACAAGGAACAUAAAGCGUAUAUAAAAAAACAAAUGCUUGUUCAUAUUAAUACUACCAUAGACGAAUGUGUUAAUAGUUCCGUGAGUACAUCUGAUAAAAAUGAACAAUAUAUAAAAGAAGAAAUGUGUAGGACUGUACUUUCUAUCUUGAAUGAAUUUGAUAAUAUUACUGUGAAGGAACUAAACGAGAUGAAAGAUGAAGUUAUCAGCAUAAAAGGGUCAGUUACAAGUUUGAUUCAUAAAUGCGCCGGUCUUCACAAUGACUUGUCACAAUUCCAUGAACUCGUUCAGAAAAUUGGAGAUAAUAAGGAGCUCUGCCUUAUAACCAGCAUAAAAUGUAAGCCUAUAAUACAGCAGGCAUGGACUCUGCUGGGAAAAUCAGCCAAGGUGUUUAAUGUCGAGGGGAAUUCUGAGCACAAUGUGAGAAUACCAAGUGAUUUAUGUUAUAUGACAGGCAUAUGUGUUCUUCCUGAUGGACAGAUCCUGAUUGCAGACUACAAUAAAAAGAAAAUCACACUGCUGGACCAGCUGUUCAAGGUAGUGAGUCACUGUGGAAUGACUGCUCGUCCACAGGACAUAUGUCUGAUCACACCCAGUAAGGUGGCAAUGGCUGUGAAUGAUCUGAAGACGCAUGAGGUCCAGUUUAUCACAGUUACCAAGAGCCAGCUUAUUCCAGGGAGAAAGUUUCAGUUACAACAUAGAUGUUAUGGUUUUGCCCAUCACCAGGGAGAUCUGUUCAUCUGCUCUGGUACUGUACUGUUCAAGUACUCACUGAGUGGAAAACAGGUCUGCAGACUCUAUGUGGAUAAAUCAGAUGAUUGUACUGUAUAUAGGUGUGCUGUGAGUCCCACAGGGGACAAGCUGUACAUUACAAACUACUCCCAAGACAAGCUCCUCACCCUGGCCAGGGAUGGAACACUCCUGGCUACAUUCACAGACCCAGCACUAGACUCCCCAGAGGGUGUACAUGUGACCCCUGCAGGCCAGGUGCUGGUCUGUGGAUGUCUGUCCCACACUAUUCUACAGGUGGACUGGGAGGGUAAGAGGAAGCUGGCCACUCUGGCUACAGAGAAGGAUGGAGUGAAGGCACCAGUGUCAGUCUGCUACAGCAGCACCACAUCCUCCAUCAUUGUGGGAAUGGAGGGCUUGGUUGAGAGCGACUUCAUCCUGGUUUUCAGAGUGGAAUAGUGUGAUGAUGUGGACAUAGCCGAUACAAGGGACGCUAGGCAAUGUCGCCCACAGACAGAAGCCAGUUCCUGCGGACAGGACCCAUACAGAGCAAAAUGGAGAAACAGCAGAGCACUUUUAAUGAUGACUAUCCCAAAGGCAUGGAGUGGCCUCAAGGACGGAUGAGAAAGAGAGCAACAAGCUACUGAGGUCGCUCCUGAGCAAGGAUGCUAAGGAUGACAUCAGCAAGAAAAAUCUGAUGGACUUGUUUAGUGUAUAUACCCUAUGUAGUAUGAGCUGCACUACUCACCCAGAUGUCAGCGUCUGCAUAUUGCUCUGAUUAAGGACCAACAAUAAUCACAGAUCAGUUACCUGGGUAACAACGGGUUCUCUGGGAUGUUGACCCUAAAAAGAUGGGGACAUUGCUUAGGCAUGGGCAGCGAAAGGCUUCGUAGCAGGACCUUAAGGCAAAUGAUCAAAACACUCUACCCUCAACAUACGGCCAGUCAAACACAGAGUCUUUCAAUUUACCUGCUCAUGCGGCCUUACAAUUGCCAGUUCAAUCUCAGAGAACAAUGUUCCCCAAAUCCAAUGUGGCUCUAUAUCUCAACAGCCAGUGCUGUAAAGUGACCCCGAUUUCUGAGCUGACCAACACGCAGCCCACAGACCUACAGGGACUGUCAGUUGAGCUCAAAACUGUCCUGGGAGAAAUCAAAAGCCUUCAGAUCAGUCAGGAGGUCAACGUUCAGUCAUUACAGAGAACAUACAAUGAACAUAAGGCAGCUAUGAUAGAAAAAUUGCGUGGCAAUUUGAAUACUAGUAAAGACAAGUGUGGUAAAAGUUAUGUGGGCACAUCAGGCAAAAAUGAGCAAUAUUUCAAAGAAGGAAUUUGUAGAAGUGUUCUUUCUAUAUUGAAUGAAUUUGAUAAUAUUACUGUGAAGGAACUAAACGAGAUGAAAGAUGAAGUUAUAAGCAUAAAAGGGUCAGUUACAAGUUCUGUUUAUAAAUGCAUUGGUCUGCACAAUGACUUGUCACAAUUCUAUGAAUUCGUUCAGAAAAUUGGAGAUAAUAAGGAGCUCUGCCUUAUAGCCAGCAUACAAUGUAAGCAUAUAAUACAGCAAGCAUUGACUGUGCUAGGAAAGUCAGACAAGGCGUUUAACGUCCAGCGGAAUUCUGUGCACAAUGUGAGAAUACCAAGUGAUUCAGAUUCAUGUAAUAUCAAGGGCAUAUGUGUUCUUCCUGAUGGGCAGGUACUGGUUGCAGACAGCUAUAAUAAGAGAGUCAAGCUUCUGAACCAGGAGUACCAGGUGGUGAGUCACUGGGAUGUGAUUGCUUUUCGGUAGGAGUACACGGUAGGAAGCAGAAAUAUGCGAAUUGGCCCCGGUCAAAAAGUGAAAUAUUGGGAAAGGGUUCAUUGUUUUUUGAAUUGAGCGUGGUGGAGAUCAAGAAGGCGUCCGCGGCUCAGAGAGAGUGUGUGUCUACCGUCGUCUGCUACCUUAAGUGGUUCAUUGUUUUCUGAAUUGAGCGUGGUGGAGAUCAAGAAGGCGUCCGCGGCUCCGAGAGAUUGUGUGUCUACCGUGGUCUGCUACCUUAAGUGGUUCAUUGUUUUCUGAAUUGAGCGUGGUGGAGAUCAAGAAGGCGUCCGCGGCUCCGAGAGAGUGUGUGUCUACCGUGGUCUGCUACCUUUCCACAGGACAUUCGUAUGAUCACACCCAGUGAGGUUGCAGUGGCUGUGCAUGAUAUAGGUAACACACAUGAGGUCCAGUUUAUCACAGUCACACAGGGCAAGCUUGUCCCAGCCUGAAAGUUUGGGUUACAACAUAGCUGUUAUGGAAUGGCCCCCAUCAGGCUGACCUGUUUAUCUGCUCUGGUGCUGCACUGUUCAAGUAUUCAUUGAGUGGCAAACAGGUCUGCAGACUCUAUGAGGACAGAUCAGAUCGAUAUACAGCUCACAAAUAUUGUAGAGGCAAUUUUGAAAAUCAGUUUGGGCAUAACUACGCAAGGAACCGUAACCCGUGACUGCCUCUAUGGAUAACUGCAGUAAAAUUAUGCAGACGAGGAAUGCUAAGGAGCGUCUUCUCUAACCACCACAUCUGCCUGUUUAUAGUUUCCACUGGUACACUACAUUGUGUUAUGGAAGUGCACUGGGAGUCCCUCAGGGGACAAGCUGUAUAUCGCUAACUACUCCCAGAACAAGCUCCUCACCCUGGCCAGUGAUGGAUCACUCCUGGCUACAUUCCGAGACCCCGAACUAAGUGGCCCAUAUGGUCUACACGUGGCCCCUGCAGGCAAGGUGCUGGUCUGUGGACACUGGUCCCACACUUUACUACAGGUGGACACGGAGGGGAGGAUGACGCUGGCCACUCUGGCUACACAGGAGUGGGAUGGAGUGUUGAGACCAGUGUCAGUCUGCUACAGCAUUCCCUGCUGAGUCAGGACAACGAUGCUGUGGAUGCGGUGGAGAAGAAUGACCUGAAUACGCAGAAGGUGCAUGGCCACCCACAGGAGGCCGUUCUGUCUAGUCAGUCGUCAAAGUAUGUUGAGAUUCAGAAGAUCCAGGUAGAGGCAAAGAAAUCGUGCAACAUUUAACUCAAGCAACUGCGAAGCACAGAAGACAACAGUCUAGUUAAAGGUUCAACCGUAUCAAAGUCCAGCGAUGUGACAUGUAACCGGCCUUUCAACGCCCGCGUAUUACAUCACGAAGGACAUUAAAGCUGACACUAACACGGGAGAGAACUGUUGAUCUGCACCAGCAGAGAGCACCAGCAUUGAUAUCGAGUCUGCCCAGCAAUAGCACAAGUUGAGCCUGCAGGAGUCCCAGUCCAGGAUGACCCUUCCCCUCCCCUGACCCCUAACUCCUCCCCCUUGACAUCCAGCUUCAAAGGGUCAGCAUCGUUGAACAAUGCAGUUCUGCAAAGAAUUCGAGAACAUGAUUCUUUUCUGAACAACCGCAAUGUCAGCUUUGAGUUUUCCAUACUCAAGCAUGAGUAGUUUUGUUAAGCUCGAGGGCCAGAGUGGGACGAGUGUUACCGACACCAUGAUUUAUAGCAGUAGUUAUGGUAUGGUCUUGCUGUUGGACAUCACAACGAAUAUCACGGAAAAAAAAGAAUAAAUUGUUCCAUUCUUUAUGGGAGAAACAUAAAUUCAAUGAGGAACGGGAGAUAAUCAAGGAACAAUUGAAGUGAUUAAUUCAGAAGUGUGCUGGUGAAUGUUUGGACAGUAGAAGCAUUACGGACUGUCCCGGUUUGUCCUCUCAUAUGUCAAAACUGUCCAAAGAGAACACGCUUUUGACGCUGUUGCUGACAAAGAAGGGCAGUCAUGACUUGGCUGUGAACACCCAGAGCACGAUACAUCAAUGGGAUGUGCCUCAGAUGCGAAUUCCGCCCAAUAUUGGAAACAAGGUGGUAAAAGUGAACACGACCGGUUUUGUUACGAGCACUUCGCACUCCGAGCCCAAAGGGCCACGCAUUGAUAUGACGCUAGAGAAGGCUUGACAAAUUACAGCAGUUUAGUUGUGUGGUCCAGUACGCUCCCCUUGCAAAAAGUUAACCCACUUUCAUACCAAAACACACUUAAACCAACAUAAAACUGUGUUUUUUCUAAGUUUUUCUGAGCGGAAGUUGGUUUUUGCUAAUAAAAGCGAGUUUUAUGUGAGCUAAACUGUGCUUAACUGAGUUUAAAGUUGGUUUUUUAAAGUAGAUGUGUGUUAAAGCGAGUUUUUUUGCUGUAAGAAGUUGGUUUUUUAUGUGUCAAAAGUGAGUCUUUUUAUUUAUGAGUUGGUUUAUGUGUGUUUAAGUGUGUCUUUUUGUUUCAUAAGCGAGUCUUUUACAACAGAAGUGGGUCUAUUUAUAAACAGAAGUGGGUUAAAGCGAGUUUAAGUUGGUCUUUUUAUAAAUAAUUUGAAAGCCGCAACAAGGCUAAAAGACUCACUUUAACACACUUAUCAAUAAGUUGGUCUUUUGUUUAUUAACAUAACUCAACAAUAAAACAAUAAUUCUUCAACUAGGUCUUUGUUUCAUGUUUAUAGCCAUAUAUUAUCAAGGUGAAUUGUAAAGGGGCUUUUUUACAGCUUGUUUGCCAUUGCACCUUUUGUACAUUUAUGGGCUCCCCAUAAUUUUAAGGAAA